CUAUAGAACUGGUUCCAGAACCGACGAGCGAAGGCUAAGCAGCAGAAGAGACAGGAGGAAUUCGAAAGGAUGCAGAAGGCUAAAGCGGAAGCCGAGGAGGCUGCCCGGGGGAAGUCAGAGAACGCGGAUGAUUCUGAGUCGAACCAAGAUGCCAAGGCUUCUCAGGAAGGCACCCAGAAAGAUACCCCUAAACCCGCGGAUGGAACAACGUCCCACACUCGCACAAAGACGUCGGGUUCUUCACGGUCGAAGCACCAGAAAACCAAGAGCGAGGCGGCUCGCGAGGCUACUUUUGCUUCCUUGCAGAGGGCCCUGAAUGCCGCUGUCGCGGCUCGUGAGCGAUAUGGCUCGGAAGAGGAAGAGGGUCAGCCCGGCGCUACAAGUGCCGAAGGAUCCGUAUCUCCGACCGCGGCAUUUUCGGUAAACAGCAACCAGGACGCCAGUCAUGGCGACCACCACCAGAGCGGACUCAACUCGGCUUUGUCCGAAUGGGACCAUACCAAAGAUGCCUCCAUGUCGUGGACCUCGUCUCACAGUUCGCAGGGAACUCUUGGGUAUGGCAGCUUGAACGCCACGCCGUUGACUUCCGCCGCCGAGUCGUUGGCUGUCCCGAGCUUGGACGGUUCGCAACAUCAGGAUGCUUCUCAUGACGACGUCAUGCAGAACAUUCAAUUCCAUCCUUCGGAGGGCGAAGAGUGGGCUGGCCAGAUGUCGACAAAAUCGCUUUCGGGCUACCACUCCACGAGUGACGCCGAGGCUCCUUACCAUACCGCUCAAUACCAUAUGCAACCAGAGCUGUCCUUGUCAAGGCGAGAGUCGUCCGAUGAGCUUGCCGACACGCUGGAGGGUAUCGGAAUCCACGCAAACCGUGCAGACUCGUCGUGGAAGGACGCAGGCAAGGAACUCGACCUCGCUGCUCGGAGAAAGCGACCGAGGCCUGCUGCCAUUGGCACAUCGAGGUCUUCGUCAAUGCUGGCUGGGUCAGCUUCCAUGUCUCCAACCACGUCAAGGCUUCCGAACUACGGCUCUGGCCACGGCGUGAGACAGUCCAAGUCCGCCCAAUGCCUGAACUCCCGGUACGCCGGAGUCCGAAAGGCUUCUGCCGCUCAGCGUUCGCCCCUCAAUCUCUCCACGUUCGCCGAAGCCGGAGCUCUGGCUUCCUCCAAGGCCGAGAUGUCGUCCAUGCUGCAACCCACCGUGACGACGGGCGCGUUGGCACCUCCGACCCCCCUUACACCGGAAGACUUCCACCACUUGCUUCCGACCACACCCAGCGAUGGCGGAUAUUGCCUGUCAGCCCAACCCACCAGCCAGCUGUUCCCCACCACGCAGCCGAUGCAGGCUAACAUCGCGUCACCCCCGGCCACGCCACUGGCGGUGGACAUCAUGGGCUCCUACCCUUAUCAAGGCGUGGCACCGCCCAUGUCUGCUCCUGCCCACUAUACGUCGUUUCCUGACUACGCUGCUGCCUGUGACGGGACUGUCUUGACGGGGCGAAGCUGGACCGACGCCACCUCAAUGCCUUCGCCGGAAGCUGCUUUCCAGAGCCGCUGUGCAAUUCCACAGGGGGACAUCCCGUCCAUGUCAUAUGAGCACUCUGUCGACAGCGUGUCGGGCUCUCCUACUUUGGUGUAUCCGACAAGCGAUGUCGACAUGCCGACGUUGACUGCGUCGCUGGCCGGUGAUGCGAAGCCCACGGAAUUCUACAUCCAUGAGUUCCCGGAACAGCAGGAGGCUCAUCGAUUUGUUGCUCAGCAGCUUCCUCAGAAACCCAAGGCGUACACGUUCACGAACCAAACGCCGAAUGAUUUCCCGAAUUAAAAAGAAACCAGAAAAAGGACCCAAAAAAUACUGGACAAUUUAAUUAGGUCGACGAGUAAAAGUCCGACCAAUACAUACGCUACUAUCCUUUACAUUCUACUGUGAUACUAUUCUUUGAUAUGCUCAAGCCGUGCUGGCAUUAUUUGUUGAUAUCCACGGGACUUCGUUUACUAUCCCGUGUUCUUUUGGCUGCAUGAUUCCCAGAGCACGCGUGUUGGUGUCGUUCUUUGGCGUCUGCCAUGGUCUUCAAUUCGUUUUUCUUUCUGGUUGGUUUUGGGAUUCGACUCCGUGUUUUGAUUCUGCAUGUGAAUUUGGAAGCGGCUGGACUUUUCUUUUCUUUGACAUACAUAUGGAGGCUCUUGUUUAUUGGCACGUAUCUACUACUACUACUUACUGUAAUACAUAUAAUAUGGCAACAG